AUGGCCAACUCCGACCUUCUCAACGAGAAGGACCUGCCCGUCGGUAGGGAUCUGGAAUGCACAUCGACCAACAUAGGUACCAUCGAGUCGACCAUCAACCCGCACGAGAAGCGCGCAUUGCGCAAAUUCGACCUGAUCCUCAUGCCACAGCUGGGCUUGUUGAUGCUGGUUCUGAUGCUGGAUCGUACGAACAUUGGUAACGCCGCAGUCUUUGGACUCGUUGGUGGUCUUGGGCUGAAGGGGACUCAGUUCAACAACAUUUCGACCUUGUUCUAUCCAUUUUACAUCAUCUGUGAUGUGCCCUGGGUUUUGGCAGUCAAGAGAUUCGGUGCCAGCCGCGUCCUGGCCGUCGCAAUGGUUGGCUGGACAGCCGCCACCAUUGGCACCGGUUUCUCGCAAAACUACGCCCAAGCAGUGGGCUGUCGACUGGUGCUGGGCGCAUUCGAGGGUGGAUUUAUCCCUGCCGCAGUGUUUAUCAUCUCUACCGUGUAUGAUCAACAUUCCCAGGCCAAGCGCGUGGCAGUCAUCUACUGUGCCUCGGCAAUAUCUGGUGCCUUUGGUGGACUGAUCGCAUAUUCCACUCAGCUUGGCGGCAAAAGAGAUGGUCUGCCGGCGUGGAGAUGGCUGUUCAUCAUUGAAGGGAUUAUUUCUGGCGGCAUUUGCCUUAUGGUGUGGUUCCUGAUGCCGACCAAUGCCGAAAAGGCCUGGUUUCUCAACGGCGACGAAAGAGAGGCCAUGAGAGACCGAGCUCAUCGAAACGCCGCGUACAAAGGCGAGGAGCAGAGUUUCCACUGGAAAUACGUCAAGCUGGCCGUGACCGACAUCUUCGUCCUGUUGGCGGCCAUCACUCUCUUCAGCCACUCCAUUGCGUUGCUGGGAUAUUCUAUCUUCUUGCCGACCAUUAUCCACGGCCUUGGUUACACCUCCCUCCAGGCCAACUAUCUCACCAUUCCCAUCUACCUGUUCGCGGCCAUUGUCAUUGGCUUCGUCGCCUUUCUGUCGGACCGCCUCGAGAAGAGAGCACCGGUGCUGGCCGUGAUGACCCUGCCGGGUAUUCUCGGGUACGCAAUGAUCAUCGGCAGUGCUAACAAAGUGGUUGGCUAUGUCGCCAUGUUUUUGUGCGCAUCAGCCAUGGCAAGUUUCAGUGUGGUAUUUUUGACUUGGGUUGCAAACAACGUUUCGCCAGAGUACAAGCGGGCGGUUGCCAUUCCAUUGGUUCUCACCAUCACGAACUGCUCCGGGCUCAUUGGUUCUCAGCUCUAUAUCCCUCGCGACUCUCCUCGGUACGUCAUGGGGAAUUCUGUCAGCAUGUCCUGCGAAAUAGCCACUCUCUUGCUGGUCGGUCUCUUGUAUCUGCUCUUGAAGCGCAGAAAUUCUUUGAAGGCAAAGAUGCAGGCAGAGGGCUCAGAAUCCAAUGGGUUGGAAGGGGACAAAGGUUUGGACUUUGUGCACCCGUUGUGA